AUGUUAGGUGAGCAUUUGAAUAGUGAAGAAUCACGUGGCCUUUUAUUGGCUAUUGACAAGAUGCGCGAAAUCUUACACGGAGAAAAAAUUACACUUCCAGAAAUUGUAGUUGUUGGUGAUCAAUCAGUGGGGAAAUCAUCUGUGUUGGAAGCUAUAUCUGGUAUUCAAUUGCCUCGUGCGCAAGAUAGUUGCACUCGGUGUCCACUUGAAGUAAGAAUGAAAGCAGCGCACG